CCGAUCAAUUAUUUCCUCCCUCUGAAUUAUUUGUAUUGCUGACCUUAUUGCAAACAACGUCACGCUAUUGUAUAGCAUCAUAUUCCUUACAUUUCCUGCCUGCGAAAAUGUAUUUAUUUAUUUCUCUGGAUAUGGUAUACCAGCAUUUUAUAUAUGACAUAAAAUUAUUUUACAUAUAUGAUGGCUGAAGAGCGGAGUAUAAAUAAUAAUAAUAAUAAUAAUAAUAAUAAUAAUAUAAAAAUUGUAACGUAAAAAAGAGCUUAGAGCAAUGUCCAAAUCACACGUUUGAGCGGCUGUAACCCCCUUUUUAGUGUCAGAAAACACACUGGACAUAAAAUCACAAACUUCCUAAGUUACUUUGAAGCCAAAUCUCAACCCUGUAAUCUCUCUCUUCUCUCUCUCUCUUCUUCUUCUUCUUCUUCUUCUUCUUCUUCUUAUUAUUAUUAUCUUGCUUAUGUUGGGUUCAAGUAUUUGUACUUCCUGCCCCGAUCCUUGUCAAAUUUUUCAGCCGGUGCGUCUCUUAGAAGCAAUGUCAAUUUGUCAUUUCCAUACAGUCAGACAUCUUCAGUUUCCAUUCCUGAAGAUCAGGAAUUUCGGUCUCCUUCCACCUUCUUGCAUAUAGGAUCAUGGCCGCCAGCCAGGUUCCUAUAUGUAAGGAGAGAUAUUUUUGAUCCUGGUCAUCUUCUUCUUAUGUCUUGACUACAGUCCCCAUUCUGACCCAAGGUAUGGACUCCUUUAACCUUCUAGAUGUUGUUGGAGUAGAAAUAGGGUCAGGAUCCCGCUCUUUUUCCCAUUGCAGGAUGACUCCCGGCUCGGCGCUGCAAGAAGAAUACUGCCGCUGUUUGCAGAGGGACUUCCGCCGGGGCCAUACUGGCGUCUGCACCGACCAGUCCCUGAAAGAACUGCUGUGGCACCAUUUGCUGGCGGAUCCGGACCUGCACUACGCCUUGCAAGGGGAGGACACCUUCGCCACUCUGGCCGCGGCUUUGCGUGGACACCUGGACCUGGGACCGGCCCUCCAGAGCCUCGGCAAGGCUUUCGAAGUGCUGGAGUUGGCCGCCAUCAACCUCUACUUCUUCCCUUGGCGGAAGGAGUUUGGCACCAUAAAGACCUUUUCCGGUGUCUAUGUCCAUGUCCUGCGGGGAGUCCUGCCCGAGGCUGACAUCGCCAGGAGCUUCCGCCGUCUGGGCUACGUCCAGCGGGACAACCUCCACCUGACCAUCUCCCAGCUUCCUCCUGGGACCUCUCUGCUCUGUGCCGCUUGUGGGUUUUUUGCGGCCAGGGUGGAGUGUGAGAUCCUGGGGAAGCUGGUGGAGGAACUAGAGCCCUGUGUCCUCUCGCCAGAAGACCUCCUGAAGGCCCGGAAAGAAUCCACCGGCAGUUUGGAGACCUGUGUGGCCAGACUCCGGAGCCUGGUCCACUGGCCGAAAGGCAGGGAGACCCAAGCGGAGCCGCCCGAGGGGAUCGAUCUGUACCGGGAGGAUCCGGAGGGGCAGAGUCCAUAUGCUGAGGCCCUGGGAGGAAGCCGGCUCUCCUCGCAGCAUCCCCUUCCUCUCUGCGAACGCAGCAGUCCCAGGAGCCGGCAACAUCAUCUGUGGAAUCCAGCGCUCAUGGAGAACAGGAGCAAGGUCUGGGCGGCUGGCCCGGAUCAGCCCUACGGCAAUGGGAUCCCAGCCUCUGACGACCCCGACCUGGAGACCUCCUUCUCCUUCAUCUCCCUGAGGCGGGAGCUCAGCCGGGCAACGGACACGGAUUAUCCGGCUCAGUCCACCAGCCAGUUCUUGUCUCCGGGGCCUCCCUAUGACAGCGCCAGCUUCCAGGCCCACGGGGCGAGUGGCCUGGCAUCUCCUUCUGCCGGGCAGCCUAGGAGCCCGCAGCUCAGCCCUGUCAGGGCACGCCGGGCUAAGGCCCCAGGCACCGAGCUGCCCCACUACCGCUUGCAUUUGUGCCUGAGCCCGGGAACACUGCCGGCGUCUUGCUGCAACACCUGCCGCUCUCUGCACAGCUCUGGAUGCAACGGGGCCCAGCUUUGCCGGGGGAACAGCCACCAAGUGGAAGAGCUCCAGACCAAGCAACAGCAGCGUUUGUGGCUCCAGCGGACUGAGGUGGACAAACUGCUGCACGAGGGGGAAGCGGCCUGGCAGUAGCCUGGAGGAGGCCCAGCUGGACCUUGUGGGGCAUAUACAGUGUUCCCUUUGUGGUUCUGGCACUGUGUAUUCAUGCACAGGAGCUGCCAUUUUUUUCUGUCCUUGCUCCUCCAAUUUUGGAAACAUUUUGCAGGGAAAAACACCCUGCUCACACCUCCACCAGCAACUGAAAUAUUUUGGGGACUACAGCUCUCAUAAUCCCCUAGCCUGCAUAGUCAAUAGCUGGCUGGGGGAUUCUGGAAGCUGUAGUUUAACAACAACAACAAAAACCAAACAAACGUGCCUCCUCCACUCUGCCAAAGACAUGCACAACUUUGAGGAGCAUGCCUCUUUCUCUUUGCAAGAAUGGCAAGUUCUAUCUCCUGGAUGUUGGGAAACUUAGUGGGACUACAUGUUCCGACAGUCCAGUCCUGGUUAAAAUCCCUGUUAUGUCUGCUUGGCAAGUGGGGUCUUUUCUUGCUUUGCCACUGAACACCAGGUAUGCUCCUGACUUCAGGUAAAAGGUGGUUCCAGUUGGGAGUCCAAUAACUUGGCUGAGGAGAGUGGAAGACAGGAAAGCGAUAGCUCUGUUUGUAGGAAACUGCCCUCUGCAAUACCAGGACAUAGAAACAGUGUGGCUAGGUGUGUAUGAAAUGGCUUGUUGUGGAUUAUGACUCCCAGAAUCCCCCACUGGCUGCACUGACUGGGGGAUUCUGUGAUUUGUAGUCCCUUUUUUGCAAGCUGCGGUCUGCCCCUUCUGACAUUCCAAAGUUCAGCUGCUUCCUUGAUCCAGAUUUUGAAAUGUGCGCAGGGAAAGAGCUUGGGCCAAGAGGCGCAGGAAGGAGGGAGGCUUGGCUGUUCCUUCCUUCAUUAUACCUGGCCUAGAUUUCUCCUGUUUUGGGGUAAAUGGGCAUAGGGCACUUUUUCAAAGAAGCACUUAAUGGUAUGCUCUUCGUGGGAAAGCUGAGCGCCUGCGGUUAUGCAAGACCUGAGCUGUGUCCAAGUCUUUGGCGCAUGCCUCACCCUGAUGUCUUAACAGGAGUUUAAUUUGAAAUAAACCAAUUAAAAGUC